AUGAAAGCUUCUCUAACCGUGUUGCUGCUGGGACUGGUGGGACUGGUUCUGGCGGACGAUCGUUGUCCACCAGUAGACGAUCCCGAUCUGCCACCGGUUCUUCUUGCACAUCCAACCGACUGCGAUAAGUUUCUGAUCUGUAGCCACGGGAAAACGGUUGUAAGCAGAUGUCCACCCGGUUUGCACUGGAAUGAUGCACGUAAGCUGUGUGACUAUCCAUCGCUAGCCCAGUGCCGUCCGGGCGAGACGGGAUCUACGGCGCAGGAUUUGCAACCGUCAGCCAACUGUCCCGCGGAGUAUGAUCCCGAUCAUAUGGUGUACAUACCGCACGAAACCGAAUGCACCAAGUACUACAUCUGUGACCCGUAUGGUGUAGAGCUGGAGCAGACCUGUCCGUCCGGGUUGCACUGGAAUCCGGAGGUGAAUUAUUGCGAUUUCCCUGAGCUAGCUCAGUGUGAGGAAUAG